AUGACACGAACGGCUCCGUCGCGCAAGGCUCCGGCCGCCUCCGCCGCCACCCGCAAGCGGCGCCGCGCGUCGUCCGAGUCUUCGUCCUCGGACGACGAGAAGGAGCUGGUGAGCGACUCGCGGCGGGGGCGCGGCGGCAAGAAGCAGAAGGCCAGCGCCAUCCUGGCCGAGUUCACGAGUCUGGACGCGCUGCUGAGCAACGACCUGGCGGAGAAGCGCAAGCGCCAGAACCGCGAGCGGAAGCUGCAGAAGCUGCGCGAGGAGAGCGAGGCGGCGUCCAAGGACGCGGCGGAGGGCGGCUCCUCGUCCAUGGGGAAGCUCAUGACCCACAUGGCCAGCAACAUGUCGGCGCUCUCGGGCGACAACUACCUCUUCUCGGGCUCGGAGGUGACGGUGGCCGAAGAGAAGUUCGGCUACGUGUUCACGCCCAUGACAGAGCACCUGCCGUACCGCACGUACAAGGCGACGGAGACCGAGCUGCAAGGAGACCUGAAGCUCGUGUACGAGACCAUGCAGUCCACGGACGACGCAGAACUCAGCGGACUGCUGUGGUCCAAGGCAAUUUUGAUUCGUUGCAUGCUCAAGCGCCAGGCAGAAUCGACCACCAGAGGCUCGGCGAUGGCCCCGAUUCUGCUGCCGCCCAAGAUCGGCUCGUGGUUAUUUAUGACAAGUACGUUCAUGCGAAAUAAUGGGGGCUUAGAGGAUGUUUCUAUUUCUAACCAGAGCUUGCUUGGUUGGGUAGUGUCAACUCACAGCGACAGCCACGUGGUAAGCGGGUGCUUCAGCAACCUGUUUCUUGUCAUGAGCUCCGCGAAGAAGGCGUAUGUUCCAACUUUAAGUUCGGCUUUACCCGUCGCGUGCUUCGCGCACCCGAUUGAAGAUUUCCGCUCGACGUUCGGCGACGAUGUUCCUCCCAUCGAAAUGGAGUGGAAGCCGUCCAUCUACGAUUUCCUGAACGCGUUCCGUGCCUAUGGCUUCCAGGACAGCAAGAGGUCUAUGAGCGUGAAAAGCAAAAUCCCUGUUACUCCGCCCUCGUCAAAGAAAUCCCGAGCGCUUCCCUUCCCGACCCUCAACAUGCACUACGUACUGAUGUAUCUGGUCAUCUGCUUGAGGUCCAAGAUACUGAAGCUCGAGGGCUACGACGCAUUCAGCUUUACAAUGUUUUUUCUUCGCAUGCAGUUUGAGAGCGAUAUCCACGCAAGUAUCGUCGACCUGGCCACCAUUUGCAUCGAGGAGCUCCUAGACGUGUUCCCGCGUGCUGAGUGGCGGAGAGAGUGGGCGCCGCAGCUUGUUCUCCGCGUUGCUGGGGCCAACGAAGGAUUGUUUGACUCAGCGGCUGGCUGGUUGGCGGUCGCGCGUCGACUUCCGCGCACGAUGCGCGGCACGCAACUCACGACUGGAUUAGCGAUCUACGUUUUACAGCAUCGGAUCGACAAAAAACCAGCGGAAGGGGCGAGUUCGGAGAGACCGCUAAAGUUUCCAAUUCAGAGUGGCCUCGUUGUGGACAUCGUCGCCGGCAUUGUGGAGGACCUGACGAACAAAUACGUCGAGACACGCAAGAAUGGCAAGGCAUCGAAGACCACUCCGCCGUUCGAUUUGCUGUGCAAGAAGGUGGCUCUCAUGGACCUAGCUCUUCAGGCGUUCCUCAAUAUUCUUACGGCAAAAGAGAUGAAAAUUAUGCUGGGCAAGCUUGACCAACUAGCAGACGCACACAAGUCCACGAUGUCAGCAAAGUGGCACGAGCUCAAAACUCUGGUCAGCCUCAUGCACCGCAAGUACUCGCUCGAAAAUCUGCGGAUCGGGCGGAGUGCGUCUCCGUCUGCCAAGACCGUGCUGUUUUGCGACGACGACGACAAUUAA